AUGUCGCAGGAUACUGGUCUGUGGAGUGUCCGCAGACCGAGAGAGACUCUGGGAGGACUCAAUGCAAACUCGGCACUCCCUCAACCCGGAUCGACCAUGAAACGAACCAACUCGAGCGGUGGCGGCAACCUAGCGAGCGGCCAUGCGCGGUCCAUGUCAGGAUCUAGGCAGUCCUUGGCCAUGUCGCGACCGAGCCAGCCUCAUUUUGCACGACCUUCGGUCGGAGGUAAUAUGGCCGACCUGGGGGGUUCGGUGGCUAAGCGCCUAUCCAUCCAGCCGAAAGGGAACUUCACACCCGUGGCGGCCACGAGGACGGCACAAGACACCGACCGACGCAGCAGUGUGUACCGCCCACGGCAGUCCUCGACCAACGGGCCCUUACUCCACCACCAGAGCUUCUUUCAGGCGACACCGCAGGCGGCAGGCGUUCCGCGGGACCCCCGCCCGUUGAGGGACCGAUCGUACCAGGCGCGCAUCGGGCAGGAACUGAUGGAUUACAUGUCGCAAAACAACUUUGAGCUGGAGAUGAAGCACAUGCUGUCGCAGAACGUCAUGAAGUCGCCGACACAAAAGGACUUCAACUACAUGUUCCAGUGGCUGUACCGCCGCAUAGACCCGAGCCACCGGUUCCAGAAGAACAUCGACCAGGAGGUGCCGCCCAUCCUGAAGCAGCUGCGAUAUCCCUUCGAGAGGAGCAUCACCAAGAGCCAGAUCGCAGCCGUGGGUGGACAGAACUGGAGCACCUUUCUCGGCCUGCUGCACUGGAUGAUGCAGCUGGGCCAGAUGCUCGAGGGCUACAGUAACGGGCGGUACGACGACGCGUGUCUGGAGAGUGGGAUCGACGUGACGGGCGACCGCAUCAUAUUCGACUUCCUCAGCAACGGGUACCGGGACUGGCUGGCUAUGGAUGAGUCAGCCGGGGACGAUGAUGCGGAGCGGGUGCUGGCGCCGCACGUGGCCGCCAUGGCCGAGGCGUUUGAGCAGUCCAACUCCAAGUACACAUCGGAGCUGGAGAUGCUCGAGACCGAGAAUGCCCGACUGCUCAAGGAGAUUGAGGACCUGCAAAAGUCGACGCCCGACCCGGCCGUCCUGGACAACCACUUUAAGAUUAUGGAGGAGGACAAGGCCAAGUUUGAGGAGUACAACACGCUGGCUGUGCAGCGGUCGGAAAAGUACGAGAACCGUAUCCACGUGCUGGAGGAGGAGCUUGAGAAGCUACAGGAGGAGCUGAGGGAGGCCGAAGACGAGCGCCGUAGGCUGCAAAAGUCGGUCGACGCCCAGGGGAUCAGCAUGCAGGAUAUCGACCGCAUGAACUCGGAGCGUGAGCGUCUGCAAAAGGGCCUCGAGUCGGCCAGCCAACGCCUCGACGAGGUCAAGAAGAAGGUGGCCGACAAGGAGCUCGAGGCUGGCCACAAGCUUGAGGAGCUCGAGCGCUCUGUUGACCGGUACAACACGCUCGCCUACCAGAUCGCUCUGAUCCCUCCAUCGGCUGCCAACGCCCGCGGCAGGGAGUACGAGCUCCAGGUCAUGGUCAGCGACGACUCGGAUUUCACGUCGUCCAAUUUCAAGGCCUCGACGAGCGGUGGCACGGCACCCGUAGGCCGCCUGCUCGAGGACUCCACGACCGGAUACCAGCCAGGCCACAUCCUCAACCUUGACCUGCGGGGACAGAUCCGGAGCGACUUCCUCUCGCUGCGCAAGGAGAUCUCGGAGCGCCGCAGCGCCGCCAUGGAGGACAUGAUGAAAGACCACGAUCUGCUCGAUGGCAUAAAGGAGGCCAUCGAGGACAAGCGAAGUGAGGUCGACGCUCUCAACCACCGCGUGCGCGCCGCCGAGGAGGAAUACGAGAAGACGAAGGAGGUGACGCAGGCGCAGAAGAUGUCGUCUGACACACAGAUCGAGAAGAUGGAGAAGGAGUUGUCGCGCAUGCGAGCGGGCCUGACCGAGUCGGUGCAGCUGCUCGAGCAGAGGGAGAUUAACACGACGAUCGAGUAUGAACAGCUUGUUCUCCGGGCUAACGCCCUGCGAGAAGAACUCCACACCGAGAUCGACCGGAUGCUCAACGACGUCAUCAAGUUCAAGAUUCAUGUCCAGAAGAACCUGGACGACUACGAGGGCUUUGUGGCGGACGAGCUGGAGCGCGAGCUCGGCACGGAUGAGCAGUCUCCGCGGUCUGGUGGUGACGUCGACGGGUAA